AUGUCGGAGUCUGAGUCCCAGAUCAGAAUAUGCGAGGAUUUUUCUCAAAUCGCACGUGCAAAUAUUGAAUCUCUGUUGAAACAAUUGAACAUAGACGAGAAGAUUGCCCUCCUAUCUGGCAAUGACUUUUGGCAUACGGUGCCUAUCAAACGACUAGGUAUCCCAUCCGUACGACUAUCAGAUGGACCAAACGGAGUCCGAGGCACACGCUUCUUCGGCAGCAUACCCUCAGCUUGCCUUCCCUGCGGGACCGGAAUCGGAGCAACAUUCGACAAAGAUUUGAGUCGUCAGAUUGGACAUCUCCUUGGCGAUGAAGCGAAAGCAAAGGGAGCCCAUGUUGUGUUGGGCCCGACAAUCAACAUCCCACGAGGCCCGUUAGGUGGUCGAGGCUUUGAGUCGUUUUCAGAGGACCCUUUACUUUCGGGAGUUAUUGCUGGACAUUAUUGCCAGGGACUGAAAGAUAAGAAUAUUAUAGCGACGCCGAAACAUUUCGUGUGCAAUGACCAGGAGCACGAGAGAAUGGCAGUCAACUCAAUUGUCACUGACAGAGCAAUGAGAGAGAUCUAUCUUUUGCCCUUUAUGAUUGCGAUUAGGCUCGGAAAGCCAGAAGCUAUUAUGACUGCGUAUAAUAAGGUGAAUGGCACACACGCGUCGGAAAGUCUGAGAUUGAUAGGAGAUAUAUUACGAGGAGAGUGGGCUUGGGAUGGUUUGGUCAUGAGUGAUUGGUUCGGAACGUACAGCACUUCAGAAGCCAUCGUGGCUGGUCUCGAUCUCGAAAUGCCCGGAUCAACGAGAUGGCGCGGCAGUGCACUGAACCAUGCUGUAGCAUCGAACAAAAUAUCCAAAAAUGUAUUGGACAGCCGCGUCCGCGAGGUUUUGAAACUGGUCCAAAGGGCUAGUAAAUCAGGCAUUGCCGAGAAUGCCCCCGAGAUAGAGCUCAACCGAGACGAAGAUAAAAAGCUGUUGAGGAAAGUAGCCUCCGAUGCAAUUGUGCUUCUUAAAAAUGCCGAUGAUGUCCUACCGUUGAAUACGAACAAAAGAGUAGCCGUUAUUGGACCUAAUUCCAAAAUCGCCGCCUAUAGCGGAGGUGGCAGCGCAACUCUCAAACCAUACGAAGCAGUCACUCCCUUCGAUGGGAUUGCGGGCUCGGCUUCCGCGGGAGUUGACUUUGCGCAGGGAGUCUAUGCCCAUCAACUUUUACCAGUAAUAGGGAAGCAACUUCACAAGCAAGACGGUAGGAUUGGGUUUACACUCAAAUUUUUUAACGAUGCACCUGGAAAACCCAAUCGAGAGCUGCUUGAAGAACGCGAUGAGACUGACUUCAGCCCGUUUUUCCUCGACUACAAUCAUCCUAACCUUCGUCCUAUUUGGUACGCUGAUGCAGAGGGUAACUUUACCCCUGAUGAGUCUGGUAUAUAUGACUUCGGUUUGUGUGUUCGAGGAACAGGGAAGCUUUAUGUCGAUGGAAAAUUGCUUAUAAACAAUGCCGACGAGCAGCAGCCAGGAUCAAGUUUCCUUGGAACUGGAACCGUAGAAGAGAAAGGAACCCUUAAACUGGAGGCAAGACAAACAUACCGAAUUCUUGUCGAGUGGGGUAGCGAAAAGACGAGCAAGAUCAAAGUGCCUGGUGUAGUCUACUUCGGACAUGGAGGCUUCAGAUUGGGAGUUGCUCGACGGAUCUCACCCGAGGAAGGAAUUGAGGCGGCCGUGAAGCUAGCUUCAGAGACUGACCAGGUCGUACUUUUUGCUGGCUUGAGUUCUGAAUGGGAAUCAGAAGGUGAGGAUCGACUAAGCAUGAAAUUACCACCUCAUAGCGAUGAGUUGAUAUCUCGUGUCCUUGAUGCAAAUUCCAACACAGUGGUUGUUAUUCAGAGCGGCACACCGGUUGAAAUGCCAUGGAUCGCAAAAGCCAAGUCUGUUGUUCAGGCAUGGUAUGGAGGAAACGAAUGUGGACGUGCCAUUGCUGAUAUAAUAUUCGGCGAUACGAAUCCGUCUGGAAAGCUGCCGCUCACGUUUCCUCGAACGGUCAAACAAAAUCCCACUUAUCUGAACUACCGCUCUGAGGGAGGCCGUGUGCUGUAUGGAGAGGAUGUAUACGUCGGUUAUCGAUAUUAUGACGAGCUAGAACUCGAGCCAUUGUUCCCCUUCGGUCACGGUCUCUCAUAUACUACCUUUGAGCUGUCUUCGCUGGACUUGAAGAGAAGUUCCGAAACGGAGCUUGAGAUAAACGUGUUUGUAAAGAACACGGGACCACGGGCUGGAGCAGAAGUAGUCCAGAUUUAUGUGGCUCCCGUAUCGCCACCCAUCAAGCGACCAGUAAAGGAACUCAAAGAGUUUGCUAAGGUAUUCAUUGAGGCAGGCAGUCAGAAACUCAUCAAAUUGAACCUGGAGUUGGUACGGGCAACCAGCUUCUGGGACGAAAAAGCUUCAAGCUGGCGCAGUGAGGCCGAUACUUACAAAAUACUGGUUGGGACUAGCAGCCGUGGAAAAUUCUUGGAAGGCGACGUUGUGCUCAAAGAGACGACAUAUUGGUCGGGCCUAUAA